AUGAGUAAGCAGCAAGAAGAUGAUGAAAACCAAUUGUUGCUUAGUAAUAAAGAACCAUCUCAUCACAAUAAUAAUCACUAUGAACGACAAUCAUCUCGUCUUGAAUGGGCAGAAUCGUCUUACGCUCGGCUAUUACAUGUAUUAUGUUGGUCGUGGAUUUAUCCGAUUCUUUCUUUAGGCCACAAACGAGAAUUGACUGAAAAUGAUCUUGAUGAUACACCUCAUGUUGACAAAAUCUCAGUACUAUUAGAUAGGUUACAUUCCUAUGACUGGUCAUCAACAACAACAUGGAAGAUUGUUAAUAAAGAGUUUGGAAAAGAUUAUAUUUUUGCUAAUCUGGCUCUUCUUCCUUUUUUGAUAUCAUGUAUCGCUCAGCCAUUACUCUUACGUCAAUUUAUCUUGAAUAUGAUGGAUAAAGAAGAAUCAAAUACUGUCGGUUAUUUAUACCUCGUAUCAUUGUUUAUUUGUUUAGUUAUUCAUUCAUUCAUGGACCGACAAGUUACGUUUCGUUCAGCUCGUGUUGGCAUUCGAAUUCGUAAUGCACUGAUUAUAAUCAUUUACAAGCACUCAUUGUCUCUAAAAUCAACAUCACGGGAACAAAUGAAUACAGGCCAAAUUAUCAACUUGAUCGCUAAGGAUACAUUCAAAUUUGAAGAAAUAUGCAACCAUUUAGGUUGGGUAUGUGAAGGACUUCUUGAAGCCAUCAUUAUAUUUGGCUUAUUGUGUUGCAUCCUACAUCCUUUACCCACUCUGUCUGGUUUCGCACUAUUUUCUCUAUUCAUUCUUAUACAGCUGUAUUUCAGUCAGAAAUUUGGUCAGUACUAUAAAAUAACAUCUAUAUGUAGCGAUAAACGUAUACAAGCUUUCAAUGAAUUUAUCCAUGGAUGCCAUGCCGUAAAAAUGUAUAAUUGGGAAAAACCGAUGGAGGAUUGUAUAACUAAAAUGCGUGAAAAUGAAUUAGCAAGUAUUCGACGUACAUCUCGUUUGCGUGCGCUCAAUACGACUCAAUUCUUUAUCUCAACGCCACUUCUUGCGUUCCUCACUUUUGGAACUGCGUGGCUUCUCGAUUAUCCAUUGAGUACAACUAACGUUUUUCCAGCUCUUUUAUCCUUUGCUUUGAUACGUAAUCAUGCCAUGUUUUAUCUUCCUCUGCUCAGUGAGAAACUAAGUGAAGCAAGAUUAGCAUCAAAAAGAAUAGAUGCAUUCAUGUGUUUGUCCGUAAAGCAAGAACACCAGUCUCGAUUAUCCACAUCUGCAAUCCAUCAGCAACAAAAAGGAAGUAUAACCAUGUCUAAUGCAUCUUUUUCGUGGCAUAAUGAGUUGUCUUGUCUAUCAUUGCUUAAUCUGACUAUUGAACAAGGCACAUUUGUGGGAAUAGUUGGACCAGUAGGUUCUGGUAAAUCAGCCUUACUCGCUGCUAUCCUCGGUGAAAUGAAUCUUAUUAAUGGUCAAUUAAAUACAAAUGAUAGUUCGUUUUCUUAUACUGCACAAUCACCAUGGAUAUUUGCGGAUACAUUUCGUAAUAACAUCCUUUUAAAUCGACUAUUUGACGAACAACGAUAUAAACAGGUAAUAUAUGCAUGUUGUCUCGAUGUUGAUCUGAGGCUUCUUGGAUCUGGAGGCGAACUCACCAUGAUUGGAGAAAAGGGAGCUAAUUUAAGUGGUGGACAAAAAGCGAGAGUAGCAUUAGCUCGUGCUUUAUAUGGGGAUGAAGACAUUUAUUUACUUGAUGAUCCAUUAUCUGCUGUCGAUCGUAGAGUAGCCAAACAAAUCUAUGAUCGAUGCAUUGGUCCAUAUGGAUUAUUGAAAAAUAAAACUCGUCUAUUGGCUACUCAUCAAGCACAGUUUCUUCAUGAAUCACAUCAAACAAUAUUUCUUUCACAUGGACACAUUGAUAAACAAGGUUGUUUGAAGGAAAAUAUCAUUAGAAAAGAAGAUCCUAACAAAAAUGAAACAUCAGUAUUAGCUGAUAUGCUUGAUAUAAAUCCAUCGAUGGCUGAUGCUCAAUCGAUCAUAACUGAUGAAACGUCUCUUAAUGAUGGCGUUAGGUGGUCUGUUUGGUAUCAAUGGUUUACUGCACCACCAUCCGGCAUCUUUGGCUUCUGUUUACUUAUGGUUUUACUCUUGCUAGGUGAAGUGUUAAGCGAUAGUGCAAACUGUUGCCUCAGCAUAUUGUUGAAACGAGCAGAAACAGAUGAACAAAUUUCAUCUGUUUUUGCUUACAUUUAUUUUUCUUUGAUAAUAGCUACAGUAUUUGCAGAUAUAGUGCGUAUGAACUAUUAUUUUACUGUUGUUUUACAUGGUUCGAAUAGGUUUCACAAUAAUAUGUUAAGAGGACUAUUAUAUACAUCAAUACAGUUUUUUGAAAGUAAUUCAACUGGAAGAAUCCUUAAUCGAGCAAGCAAAGACCAGCAUGUUAUCGACGAGUUAGUGCCUUUUUUAUUUCUGAGAGGUGUGAUAGCACUUUUAAUGACAGCUGGCUCAAUGUUCAUUGUUGGUUUUUUUAAUCCAUCUGUCUUUCUUUUACUUAUCAUAUUAGUUCCAGUCAUUUGGUUGAUAAUUCGUUUUCAUCAAAAACCUUCUCGUCAAUUAAAACGACUUGAAAGUAUCACUUGCAGUCCUAUUUAUGCACUCUUUUCAACGUCUCUGAAUGGUUUACCAACUAUUCAUGCAUUUAAAGCUGAAAACAGUUUUAUUCAAUUAAUUUCAAAUAGAAUUGAUGUCAAUACAUCUGCAUGCAUUAAUGUACAAGCUGCAUCACAACCGUUCGCAUUACUACUUUCUCUCGUGUGUUCGCUAAAUUUUUUGGUCACUUCUGUGCAAAUAGUAUUAUUUCACAAUCAAAUAGACUCGUCAAAAGUUGCACUCAGUUUGAUAUCAGCAAUAUCAAUAGCAUUAUCGUUUCAAUGGGGCGUUAGAAGAUUGUCCGAAGCUGAUAUAUUGAUGACAAGUGGUGAACGCAUUGAUGAAUAUUCACAUUUGCCACCAGAAGAGGAUGAAGGCGGCUAUAAACGUCUUGUGAAAACUUCACCAGAAUGGCCAAUUCGUGGAACAAUUGAAUUUAGAAAUUAUUCAUUACGUCAUCGACCCAACUUAGAAUAUGCAAUUAGAUAUAUUAAUUUGCGAAUCGAGUCUGGUCAGAAGAUUGGCAUCAUUGGUCGAACUGGUGCUGGAAAAUCGUCACUUGUCAAAGGCAUCCUUCGAUUUAUUGAUCGAUCAAAUGUUGAUGGUCAAAUUCUAAUUGAUGACGUUGACAUCAGUCGCAUCACACUUAAUCAUCUUCGAUCUCAUCUCACUGUCAUUCCUCAACAAUCUAUAUUGUUUAGUGGCACUCUUCGAUAUAACCUUGAUCCAUACAACUCUUAUUCCGAUGAACAAUGUUGGAAAGUACUCGAAGAUGUUCAACUCAAACAGUUUGUAACGCAUCAUCCAGAAGGCCUUCUAAUGUCUGUUGCUGAAUCAGGCAAUAAUUUGAGUAUGGGUCAACGUCAAUUGAUAACUAUUGCACGAGCCACUUUGAAGAAAAGCGAAAUAUUAUUGAUUGACGAAGCAACAGCUCAUGUGGAUCAAAAAACAGAUGAUCUAAUUCAAACCAUUAUUAAGGAGAAAUUUCAAGAUCGAACUGUUAUGACAAUCGCUCAUCGACUGAACACAGUAGCCAAAUGUGAUCGUAUUCUUGUAUUGGACAAUGGUAUGAUAGUGAACUAUGAUACGCCUGAAAAUAUUUUGCAUCUAUAUGACCAAUAA